GAGGCCUCUGCGCGGCGGGGGCCCGCUCUGCCGCCGCGCCUUUGUGCGCCCCGGGAGCUAGCUCCGCGAGAUCGAGCCCCGGGCCCGGCCCGAGCCGUCCCGGCGCCGAGCGAGCGAGGAGGAGCCCGCUGUGCUCUCUCAGGACAUCGCCCCCCUCCCAGAAACACAGUCAUAUAGUCUUGAAGUUUUAACGCCAUGUCCCAGGAUUUGGUGACAUUUGGGGAUGUGUCUGUAAAUUUCACUCAGGAGGAAUGGGAAUGGCUGAAUGAUGCUCAGAGAGACUUGUACAGGAAGGUGACGUUGGAGAACUAUAAGAGCCUGGUGUCGCUGGGGAUUCCUGUUUACAAGCCAGCUGUGAUCUCAUUACUGGAACAAGGAAAAGACCCCUGGGUGGUGCAGAAGGAGGGAGCAAGAGACGCAAGCCCUGAUUGGGAUUAUGUCUUCAAAGGCAUUGAAUUUUCAUCAAAGCAAGAUAUUUAUGACGAAUCGGCCAAAGUCCUACCCAUGGGAAGAAGCCAUCUUAGUUAUAGCCUUGACUGUCCCAAUUUGAAAGAAAACCAUGAAAGUGAAGACUGGUUUAAUAACAGAUUGGGAGGUCAGGAGGUGCAUCCUAAUCAAUUGCUCAUCAUUCAUAAAGAAUCUAUUGAAGAUCAAAGUAAUGGGUGUAAUCCGUCUUGGCAAACAUUCCAUCAGGAUGCAAUACUAGAUAUACCACAGAGUUUUUCUACCAAAGAAAGAACACAUCAAUGUGAGCCACAAAAGAGAAGUUACCGAAAAAAGUCUAUGGAAAUGAAACAUAAGAAGGUCCAUGUAGAGAAGAAAAUUCUGAAAUGUAAUGAAUGUGAAAAAGUCUUUAACCAGAGUUCAUCCCUUACUCUCCACCAGAGAAUUCAUACUGGAGAGAAACCCUAUGCAUGUAUUGAAUGUGGGAAAGCCUUCAGCCAGAGUGCAAACCUAGCUCAACAUAAGAGAAUCCAUACGGGGGAGAAACCUUAUGAAUGUAAAGAAUGUAGGAAGGCCUUCAGCCAGAAUGCACAUCUUGCUCAACAUCAAAGAGUUCAUACUGGAGAGAAACCUUACCAGUGUAAAGAAUGUAAAAAAGCCUUCAGCCAGAUUGCACACUUGACUCAGCAUCAAAGAAUUCAUACCGGAGAGAGACCUUUUGAAUGUAUUGAAUGUGGAAAAGCCUUUAGUAAUGGUUCAUUUCUUGCUCAGCAUCAGCGAAUUCAUACAGGAGAGAAACCUUACAUGUGUAACGUGUGUGGGAAAGCUUUUAGUCACCGUGGAUACCUAAUCGUACAUCAAAGAAUUCAUACUGGAGAGAGACCCUAUGAAUGUAAAGAAUGCAGGAAGUCUUUCAGCCAGUAUGCACACCUGUCUCAACAUCAGAGAGUCCAUACUGGAGAAAAACCUUAUGAAUGUAAAGUAUGUAGAAAAGCUUUUAGCCAGAUUGCUUACCUCGAUCAACAUCAGAGGGUUCAUACUGGAGAGAAACCUUACGAGUGUGCUGAAUGUAGAAAGGCCUUCAGCAACAGUUCAUCACUUGCUCAACAUCAGAGAAGUCACACUGGAGAGAAACCCUACACGUGUAAGGAAUGUAGGAAAACAUUUAGCCAAAAUGCAGGCCUUGCUCAACAUCAAAGAAUUCAUACUGGAGAGAAACCUUAUGAAUGUAAUAUUUGUGGGAAAGCCUUUAGUUAUAGUGGAUCCCUUACUCUACACCAGAGAAUUCAUACCGGAGAGAGACCUUACGAAUGUAAAGAUUGCAGGAAGUCCUUCAGGCAACGUGCACACCUUGCUCAUCACGAGAAAGUACAUAUUAUGGAGUCAUUCUUGUCCCUUUCCUCUCCAUCGCCCUCUCCAUCCAGUCAGUUGCCGAGAGCUAUGGGUUUGAUCUCAUAAAUCUAACCCAUUAGAAGAUUUCUGUUUCAUCAUCCUUGUCUUCUACAUGGUAAUCUGUUUUAUGUGGAAUACUGAAAUAUCUUUCCAGUGUAUUCACCCAUGCCUCUGUCAGUUUUUAUACUUCAGCCAAACCUAGAAAAACACAUUGUGGUCAUAUUAUUUAUCCUUCAUUAAUUAGGAUUACUUACUGACAUCCAAAAACUCGUUGGGAAGAAGCACACAGUCCUUAGAGUAACCUAACAAGAUACCUUGUCCCCAGCACCUUGUUUCAAACUACCUUCUAAAGCCUUCAUGUCAAUAUCCUCUCUCUCUCUCUCUCUCUCUCUCUCUCUCUCUCUCUCUCUCUCUCU